AUGAAGGCCGACCCGGAACAGCGGGAUAGACAAAAGUUUUGCCGUUUUUACCGUUACCACGGCCACAAUACGGACGAUUGUGUGGAUCUCAAGGAUGAAAUCGAGUCCCUUAUCCGCAAAGGACACCUACAUCGAUACACUAAAAAAGAGAGGGCCACUCGGAAGGAAGAACGGGAGCAAGAGCGACCGAAUAACCCCAUGGAAGAGCCAGUUAAAAUCUGCACCAUUUUUGGGGGCUCAGCCAGUGGAGGAGACUCCAACAGGGCUCGGAAGACCUACUCUAGGAAGUCCAAUCCGGAACACUACAUCCAUUUAACUGAGCGGCCUAGUAAGGAGCUCUGGGUCAGUCCAUACAGCCUGACCUUUACAGAAGAUGAUGCGCGCAGAAUCCAGCAUCCGCACGACGAUGCCCUAGUGGUCACGAUGACUAUAACAGAUCAUAAGGUGUAUCGCAUCCUGGUCGACACCGGAAGUUUAGCCGAUGUGAUCUAUUCCGAAGCUUUGGAAAGAAUGGGGGUUCCCCGGUCGUGCCUCCGACCCGUGAAGACCCCCUUGCACGGCUUUGCUGGAGUGAGAAUGAUCUCUGAAGGAGCCAUUUUCCUCCUACUAACUGCUGGAGAAGGACAACACCAAGUCACCCUUAUGGUGGACUUUCUUAUUCUCAAUGUUCCAUCGGUGCACAAUGUCAUCUUGGGCCGACCCUCCCUCAAUGCAAUGAGGGCAGUUGUCUUUACUUAUCACCUAAUGAUGAAGUUCUCAGCUGAGGGCGGAAUAGGCUACAUCUGA